CCCGCUCCGCUUUAAAUUUCAUUGUGAACGGGAACUACAGAUCGAUGUGCCUAGAUUUUUCGAAUAUUUCCCACUUAUGCCUAAGCAGUUCCCAAAUCUGAGCCGGAACGAUUGCCAGGAUGCCCGAGGAAGUAAUGGUGCCCGCUGGGGACUACAAGCUGGUGAAGCAGAACCGCAGGACGCAGGAGAAGCGUCGCAAGAAGGACCUUCCGUGGUCGAAGAGGGUAUUCGACAUAGACGAGCAUAAGCUGUUCGACCGCACUGCCUUUGCUUGGCUGCGAAUCACGCUCUACUACCUGUUCCUGUACUGCAUAAUCGUGGGUAUAGUGGCAUUUUGGUUGGCCAUCUUAUUGCUAGCCAUCAUCGAUCCGAAAAGGCCGCGCUGGCUCAAGGGUCCGCCGGGUCUGUCGAUGGUGCCCAACCAAAAUCGCUCCGCGCUGGAAUACUUUACGCACUUGGUGAAUGAGAUCAACCCGAUCGCGGACCGCAUCGACGAUUUUCUAAACAAAUUAAACGAUAAUGCCAUCGACUUCUUCAGCGACUUCAACCAGGACACGUGCUGGGGCUACGCGGCCCAAAAGCCGACAGUCUUCAUCAAGCUUAACAGCGUCAUUGGCUACCAGCCGGAAACCUACGACACUCCAGACGACUUGCCCAAGGAGGCGCCUUCGAGUCUCCAGGGCACCGUGGGCAAGCUGGGCAACACGCCGAAGAUCUGGCUCACCUGCGAGGUGACCCAGGGACCCCAGCCCGAUAUGGUUUUCUACCCGGGUCCCUAUUUCGAGGCCUCCGAGAAGAUGACAGGCGUGACGCGCGUGGUGGCCAUCCAGAUGAACAAGAUGCCCAAGAAUACGGAGGUCUACUUCUUCUGCAAGGUGUGGGCACGGAACAUUCCCAUCGACGAUGAGUACCAGGGCACGGGGCAUAUCAAGUUCGCGCUGAACAUGCGCUACGACGCUGACAACCAGCCGCGCCCUACUAAAAAGCCCCGUCGAGAACGCCCAGUCACAGAAGACUUUCCCGUCGAUUCGAAUGAAAGACCGGAAGAUCUGCUCGGCGGGUUGGAAAUGCCACCUUCGCCAGAAAAUGAGAAGGACUUGCUCGACCAAAUGGGAGAGAAUAGCCAGAAGGAGGACAUGACAGAGCCACCCAGCUAAUUAGAAUUCGAAGCUGUCCCUUAGAUCGUUUAUCAUUCGAACGUAACUCAAAAUUUGUUUAUGUGCAAAUACCGA